CGGAGCUGCAGUCGCCUGGCAGAGAGAGGCCCAGCCUGGCAGCAGGGGAAACUGAGGCAGUGGUGUGGCCCUGGAGACUGAUGGUCGGAGCUGGACCUACCUGGGCCAGGGUGCUGUCCUCCAUAGGGGUCUACAGAGAUUGCUGGGGUCUGGGUGGGAGUCUGACCUGGGGACCUAGGUCCUGCCGUCUGCCUGCCUCUGGGAACGCACCAGGCCUGUUGCCCGCAAGAGCAUGAGUGAACAGGAGAAGGAGACGGAGGAGGAUGAGGGAGGGGGCACUUCCGACACGGCACCCAUGCUGCCAGGAAGAUUUCCUGACUGCCAGGCCUCAGCCCUGACGUCCCCAGAGUGGGUAGGCCUGGCUGUCCAAGGCCUUGGGACCCUGCUGCUGCCUGGCCAGGCCCUGGCGGGACUCCUGCUGCACCUGCUGCUGCCUGCAACCGUGUUCCUGCUGGUGCUGCUGCCAGCAGCUGCCAUCGUGUACCUGGGAUUCCUGUGCCAUUCAAGGGUUCACCCGACGCCCCGCCCCGCGUGCCGCGCGCUGCUCUCGGACCGAGGCUCCGCGGCGCUCAUCGUCCUCGGGUUCCUCUCGCUGCCUCCGCUGCUCGUGCUUGCCUCGGCCGCCCGCACCCGCCUAGCCAGGCGCCUCCGCACGCUGCUACCGCCCCCAACUUGGACCCCGGGACCCCGCCGCCACCCGGGGCGCAGCGACCGCGGGCGAGUGGGACGCCGCCCCGACGGGGAGGAGCAGCUCUGCGCCUGGGUGUGAGCCCCAGAGGCCUCGCCAAAGGACAAGACUUCCAGAUCCGGGAAGGCCCCCGAGCUCCUCCCGCGCCGCACGGGAGAGCCUCCGGCCUGCGAGCUCGGGCCCGGCGUCCCGGUUCCGUCCUCGCCAAUCGCGGGCCGACCUCGGGGCUUCGUACGCAGUGUUCCGAGUGGCCGCGAGGUGGCGCCAGACUCCCCCGAACCGCGGUCCCCGCCUCUCCAAGGUCUCCCCCCGCCGCAGUCCUCUCCGAGGCGGGGGCGCUGGGGAACCCCCAGGGAGGAGGGAGAUGCGUCUCGUAGAAGGGGCGCCUGGCCAGGCCCAGGGAAAGGUGGGCCUCUUGGCUUCUGUGCCGCACGGGGGGCAGCCCUGCGGGCCCCCGGAGGGUUCCAGAAGUGGCGAGACUUGCCCGGGAAGCACCUGGUUGCAGAAGGUCAGCAGUGGCCAACAGCCCCAGGCCUUGCAGGGCUCAGCGGGGGGCGGGGGGGGGCGAGCAUCGAGACAGGUUCUCUGGGUAAGUUGAAGCUCUUUCCCCGUGUUUGGCUUGGAGCAUGUUUCCAGUGGUGGACACGCUCUCAUUCACCCGUUUGGUAUAUACUGUGUGUCCCGUCCCUGCAGACCCCUACCCUUCAUCAGUUCUGGAGAAUUCUCAGCCGUUGCCCCGUUGCCCCGUGUCUCCAAGUUGGCCUCCCCUGAGGGAGCAUCUCUUCCGCUUUCCUCCCAGCCUCCGCUCACCUCUCUGUUGUGUUUCCUGCUCCCCCCGCUCUCUGGCCGCAUUCUGGGCAAUUUAUUCAUCUUCUUCCAGUUUCGCUAAUUCUUUGGUUCUGUCUAAUAUGCCAGUAAACGCAUUCAUUUAAUUUUAAGUUAUUUUAUUAUCAUAUCUAGAAGUUAUACUUGUUUCUUACUCAGAUCUCCACGCAUGUGCAAUUUUUGGAUUCCAGUUUUGCUUCAGUUUCUUGAGCAUUUCACAUAUAGUUAUUUUAUAUUCUGUACCUAACAAUUCCAAUUUCUUACUCUUUGGGGGGUCCAAAUCAGAAACUUGAUGUCUCCGCUGAUUCUAAUAGUAUAUUGUUUCCUUGAAUGGAUGCUCAUUCUCCACUGUCAGCCCGUACCUGUGGAGACCCUGAGGACACAUCCCGCCAGGAAGGAGUCCCUCUUCUGUGCGGCCUUUCCUAAUCGCGGGUGCGCCUCUCCAUCCCUGUGUCGAGGGGCCUUGCUGCUAUCCCACCUGUUUCCUUUCAUCUUCCUGGGUUCCUGCUCAUUUCUGCUCAUUACCCUUCUAUUUGUUUAUUUAUUUAUUAGUGUUUUUAAUUUGGGGGGAGCCUUGAAGAUAUUUACUUCCUUGUAAGCCCAGCAGUGUAUUAAAAUUGUGUUUCUUGGGGCACCCAGGUGGCUCAGUCCAUUAGACGUCUGUCUUUGGCUCAGGUAAUGAUCCCAGGGUCCUGAGAUCGAGCCCCACAUCGGGCUCCCUGCUCAGUGGGGAAUCUGCUUCUCCCUCUCCCUCUGCUGCUCCCCCUGCUUGUGCUCUCUCGCUCUCUGUCAAAUUAAUAAAAUCUAAAAAAUAAAAGUAAAGUGUGUUUCUUGGGACGCCCAACUGGCUCAAGUCGGAAGAGCAUGUGACUCCUGAUCUCAGGGUUGUGAGUUCAAGCCCCACAUUAGGUGUGCAGAUUAUUUUA